GGGACGGAGAAAAGCGACCAAGGGGCUGCAGGCUGCCGAAGAACGCCGCUUCUGAUCCUGUUCGUGAUGCCAAAUUUGUCGCUGUUUCUCUCUCUGAUGUCCGUGAUGUGCUGGUGAAGGAGAGAUGUCCGUGACACUGACUUUCUUUAAAAGUAUUUAAAAGAAAGAGCAGCAUCAGUACGGACAGAAGCAGUCUGGAAGGAGCCGGGCAAUUGAAUCCUCCUUGCUGGACAAUAGCCAGCGAUCACUUUUAUAUGUUUUCAGGAGGGGUCAUAACAAAUGGUUCUUCAUUGCCUACCAUAUGGGGAAAGCAGAGAGCAUCCCCAAACAAACCCCCCUUCUCUAGAGCAGCUGAAGAGUCCCUAAAUCAGUGUUUUAGACAGAAGAACCCUCAUAAAAACACCUCCAACAGGGCUCUGUAAACAGGAAAACACUUUCCCAUGGCAUGGGUUGAAUAUAAUGCAGGUUCCAUCUGUGGUCAGAGACACCAGAGCAGACACUGCAUCUCAUUUCAAAUACUAGAACAAACAAAACAGAUUCCAUUCGACUAACUUAUUAAGUAAUACAUGUAACAGAUCAGAUACCACAUGUUCUUUGCAAUAAAUCUUUUGUUCUUUUAUUCAGAGCUCUGAAGGUACAGGUGACACAGAGUGCAAAGCAGUCUAUGUGUCAAGUCAAACUGGAAGGAGCUGAGAACUCAAAGGAGAAGCAUUUACGCACAGGUCCUACACUCAGCUGGGGCGGAAACAAUCUGCGGCUGCAGGUUUGCCACCGGCGGCAAAAAAGGGGACGCACGCAGCACUGAGGAGGAACUGAGAAUAAAUGACCGCGUUCAAACAAAGUGGCUGUGAGUUUCUGUUGGGAAAGCAUCAAGAUCUGCGGCAAACUGUGCAGGAUUGCCUUCAUCUCCAAAAUCCGGGUUGCAGCCGGUGAUUGGCAGGAGGAGGAGAGUCUGAUGGAGGAGCAGAGGAAUGUUGGCAGCCAUUUAGUCUGAGCUCAACAACGGAGGAAACAUGGAUUCUUCACAAAAAAAAUGUAAACACAGCAAUGGAGUGAGAUGUGGGACCUCUGAGGAGGAUAAGGAUGGUUCGGUAACAACACCAAAAAGAGAUGAAUCCCUCAGUUGUGAGCAAUGUGGCAAGACUUUUAUCACAGCAACAAAGCUAAGAAUUCACAAACGUAUUCACACUGUGGGCAAACCAUUGAGCUGUGAUCAGUGUGGAAAGGCUUUUACUCAGAAGAGUGAUUUAAAAAGACAUCAACUCAUUCACAGUGGAGUUAAACCAUUCAGCUGUGAUCAGUGUGGAAAGGCUUUUACUACCAAAACUCGGUUAAAAAGACAUCAACUCAUUCACAGUGGAGUGAAACCAUUCAGCUGUAAUCAGUGUGGAAAGGCUUUUAAUCAGAAGGGUAAUCUAGCAAAACAUCAACUCAUUCACAGUGGAGUUAAACCAUUCAGCUGUGAUCAGUGUGGAAAAGCUUUUACUGACAAGAGUACGUUAAAAAGUCAUCAAUUCCUUCACAUUGGAGUUAAACCAUUCAGCUGUAAUCAGUGUGGAAAGGCUUUUACUUACAGGAGUACAUUAAGAAGUCAUCAGUUCAUUCACAGUGGAGUUAAACCAUUCAGCUGUGAUCAGUGUGGAAAGGCUUUUACGCUGAAGAUUCAGUUAAAAAGACAUCAACUCAUUCACAGUAGAGUUAAACCAUUCAACUGUCAUCAGUGUGGAAAGGCUUUUACUAAGAAUAGUCAAUUAAAAAGUCAUCAACUCAUUCACAGUGGAGUUAAACGAUUCAACUGUGAUCAGUGUGUGAAAACCUUUACUCAACAUGAACAAUUGUUGAUCCAUCAAUGCCCCCAUUCUGGUAGAAAGCGGUACCACUGUGACUCCUGUGAAAAAACUUUCAAGCACCAACACAACUUAAAACAUCACCAACGCAUCCACACUGGACAUGAUGUGUGGACAUGUGAUCACUGUGGUGAACCAUUUGUAUUGUACUCACAGUUAAAAGCUCAUGAAGUGACCCACACUGGGGUUAAACCAUACCUUUGUGAUCAGUGUGGGAAACGCUACAGCUACAUUGCAUACCUCAAAAUUCACCAACGUGUCCACACUGGGGAGAGACCAUACAGAUGUGACGAGUGUAAGAAGACUUUUAGAACUUUGGGUCCAUUGAAACAACACCAGCAGAUCCACACCAGAAAGAAAGCAUUGAAUCAGUGUCAGAGUGAGCAGAAUGGAACAGAUGGACAAAACUCUGAGACUUGUCAGCACUCUGCCAAUGGUGAACAGUGCUGCUUUGACCAGUCUGGACCAACGUCCAACCAACAAGGAACCCUACAACGACACCAGCAUAUGCACACUGGACACAAACUGAACCCCUGCCAAGAAGAUUUCUCCAUGCAGGGUUCAGUAAAAGUUCAUGAAGUCCUCCACAAACUUAAAGUCCUUGAGAUCCGGCUUCACAGAAUUCAGGUCUAAUUUCUUGUUUAGUGUCUUCGUUGCUUCGUUGCAAAAUCCAUUAAGAGGAAAGCUGUCGUUAACAGAUGUGACUGGUAAAUUAAUUAAACCAUUCAAAGUGGUUACUCAGUUAAAUGAAUUAUCAGUGGUAGAGGGAUAGACGUCUGGAUGGAGGCAGUGAGCAGCAGGGUGAAUUUCUUCAAUUACCACCUUAAUCAUUCCUCAGAUCCCUCUGGGCUGCAGGAACCCGUUAGGUGCAGAGCUGGUUCAGUGAUUCUUUGAUGAUUAAUCACAAUUAAUUUAGGAGAUUACUGGCCUUCGGAUUCAUAUCUAUCUAUCAUCUAUCUAUCUCUCUCUCUCAGGACAAUGAUGAAGAAUCUCUAAUAUUGAACAAGUAGAUCAAAUAAUCUCAGAUUAUGUGUGAGUUCAAAUACAAAAACAUAAAUUGUUAGAUGAAAAGUAGAAUCUUUGAAAGCUGACAUGUAGUUUAGAAUCAUUUCUUUGUAAACUCGCUGCAUCCAGUCAUUACCAUGACAUUGGCAUCAUGGAACCAUACACCCCCUGUCAAAUGUUUUAGGACAGGUACUAAUUGAUUUGAAUGAGAAAGUGUCCUAAAACAUUUGACAGAGGGUGUAUAUGUCUGUAGAUAGUGGCUUUUUCAGUUUUUUUUUUUUCAAAGUUGAGUUGUUUUAAAGUUUGAAAAUAUAUAUAUAUAUAUAUAAUAUAUUUUCACAGUGAAACUUCUGAUGUCCACGUUUUCAACAUUUUUGGGAAAUCUUUGAACAUUUUUAGGUGGAAAUAAAGAAAAAUUUUAAAUAUUUCUAAAGAACGGAUUUUGGUUGAUUUUUAUGUGAAUGUUUGUAAAGAAAAUAUUAGACGUUUUACUGAAAUAUAUGUAAUCUCUUUAGAUAUUUUUAGGAUAUUUUUGGAAGAUUUUUACUCUUUUUUUGGAAAAUAUUUACAACAAAAUUUCCAUUUUUUUGAAAAGAAAACUUAAGAAAUUACUGGAAUUUUCUUCCUGAAGGUUUUGAAAAUUUUCAGAAAUUUGGGGAAUUUUUUUUGCUGAAUUUUUUUUUUUUUUUUUUAGACAAGGAAACAAUGUUUUUUGUUGCCUGUAAAUGAGGACAACAGGAGGGUUAAAACAUUUAAAGGAAACAUUAUUAAGGUUUCUUUUAUGAAACGUUUUUCAUCAACAAGUACACAAAAUAGAUUCAAAACAUAAUCUAACAUGUUUACUGAUUAAAAACUUUGAAUUUCUUCUUUAUGUUGUUCUUAUGCAUAAGUCACUAUUUCAAACUGGCUCAUGUUACUUCCAUGUGAUCUGCCAUUAAAACGGCCACAUUCUACCAUAAACACUGUAAAUAAUAACACACCUGCUCAAAGUUAAAGGCCAACAUACGACCCAAACAUGACAUGGAUUUGGUGCCACUUUGAACUAAGAUGAUCUCUUCUGUUAAACAAACCGUUGAUUGUGAAUCUUUUUUCCAGAUAUGAAGCUGCUCCUUCCAGGUCCACAGACAGUAAACAAAACAAAGCUCUCUGUAAAAACCCUCAGAAUGUUGAAUAGAAUAAAUGUGGACAGUUUCAUGACUGUAAGAGAAGAUUUCUGGAUCAUUUUGUGUCUCAUUUGUGUCAUUAUGUGUUUUGUUUUGGUCAGUUUACGCCUUUCUGUCUGGUUUUAAACAUUUUGCAUCUUUUCAUGUUAUUUUUUUUCUUCCAUUUUGGUCAAUUUGUGUGUUUUUAAGUUUAUGUCUGUUUAAAAUUGUUCAUCUUGUCAGUUCUUUUGGUCAGUUCACGUCUAUUUCAUCAUUCUGUGACUCAGUGGCCAUUUCUGUUUCAGUUUUCAUCUCAUUUUUGCUCUGAAUUGCUCAUUUUAUCUCAUUUUAGUCAUUUUCCAUCACUUUUAAGUUGUUUUUGUUCAAUUUUGGUCAUUUUGCGUCUUAUUGGAUCAUUUUGGUCAUUUUGUGUCAGAAUGUGUUUACUUUUGAUCAGUUUUCAUCUUUUGGUCCGUUUUUAAACAUGUUGCAUCUUUUCAUGUUUUUUUUGUUGUAAUUUUGGUUAUUUUGCAUCAAGUUUUGGUCAUUUAUGUGUCUAAUUUAGGUAAUGUUACAUCUCUAUGUUUUUUUGUACCAUUUUGGUCAUUUUAUGAUUCAUUUCAUGUGUCUAUAAGGUUGUUUUUGUUUAAAAUUGUUCAUGUUGCUCAUAUUAGUCAUUUCAUGUCAGUUUGUCCAUUCUGUGACUCACUGGCCAUUUCUGUCUUAUUUUUCAUCUUUUUUUGCUCUGUUUUGCUCAUUUUAUCUCUCAUUUUAGUCAUUUUGCACCAGUUUCAGAUUGUUUUUUCAUUUUGUACAUUUUGUGUCUCAUUUUCGUCAUUUUGUUGCUAAUUUUUGUGCCUGGUUUUUGUCAUUUUUGCUUAAUUUUAGUCCCAUUUUGGCCACUUUUGGUCUUUUUUUAUGUCCAUUUUGUAAUUUUAUGGUAUUUUUCUGUCAUGGUCGGAUGUUUUAUGUUCCAUUUUGGUCAUUUUGUGUCCCAUUUGAACUGUCCCAUUACAUUGUUGGACCGUUCAGUAGACUCUGUUUGGGUCUUUUUCUCACCACUGAAACAUUUUUGUCCAUUUUUGUCUCAUUUUGGUCAUUUUAUAGAUUAGAUUAGACCCAACUUUACUGUCAUUGCACAGAGAACAAGUACUAAGACAGUAAAUGCAUUUUUUAAAAGUCCAUUGUGAUGUCAGAGAGAAGAACUAACAACUGUUACUACAUUCCAUAUUCUGAAGAAAAACAUGGAAACACUUGAGAAAGUCAGUUUAACACACAAACCUUGGAGAUAUUGGAGAGUUGUGGUGAAACUUGUGAAGACAUUGUGAGCAAAGACUGUGACAGAAAAAUGAAGCCUCCUCAGCCAGAUAGGAAACAUUCAGGUAAGACAGAAGUCCAGACAACGAGCUGCAACUCAGCUCCAGAUAUCAAACUACACACUGACAUGUUAGACUGAAAUUUUCACAACACUGACAAGCUAACAUUUGCUCAUUUUGUGCCUUAUUUUGAUCAGUUUGCAUCCUUAGGGUUGUUAGUGGAUAAAAUGUUGUAAUUUUUCAUUUUUUGGUGUUUUUUGUUCCAUUUUGGUGACUUAAAGGCUGUUUUUGUUGAAUUUGCUCAUUUUGUGUCUCACUGAGGCUCAUUUUCAUCAUUUUGUCUCUAACCUUGGUCACUUUUUGUCUUUAGGAUUUGUUUUUACUCCUCAUUUUUCAUGCUUUUAAAGUUUUUUUUGUUCCAUUGUGGACAUUUUGUGUCUAAUUUAAUCAUUUUUUGUAUCAUUUUGGACAUUUUGCAUCUGUUUAAGAUUUUUCUGUUUCAUUUGAUGUCUCAUUUUGUGCAUUUCAGUAUGUUUUAGGGGAAAAAGUGUCAUAAAUCAGACUGUAAAUGAUAUAUGAACAAACCUUUCUGUAAAAACUUUCAGAAUGUUGAAUAGAAUAAAUGUGGACUGACUAGGUAACCUUACAGAACCUUUACUGUUGUGAUGUAUGGCAUUAACCUGACUUUAUACACUCCAAGAAAAAAUAUAUAUCUAACCAUUGUGAUAGGGAUAAAUAGAAGUUCCAAUCUGUUGAUUUUAAUUGCAGGAUAAUGCUUUAUUAAAAUAUAUCUCAGCAGGGAAAUAGCAAUAGCCAUUAAAUCAUCAGACAAUGAAUCAAUAGUUAGUUAAUAUUUCAGUGGCUCGUCAUGAUUCCUAACUGCUACUAUGCUUUCAUAGAAGAAGAGUAAUAAUCACCCACAUUAUGUAAUUUUGAGGGGGAGAGCAGACGGUGUGGCCACAUCCGGCUGAUCACCUGAAGAACGACGAGCCUUGGAGCCUCCAGGAGGAAGCAGAGAGAGUUCAGUCCAGAUUUAGAUCUGCUUGUGUCCUUUUCUUGUUGUUUGGGCCAAUAAAAACUUUGUUAUAAUCCUC